AGGAGACUAGGGAAGGUUCUUACCUUGGACCUGAGGGACCUGAGAGAGUUGCAGAAGAUAUACCACAACCACCAAAAACUAAUGAAAUAAAUAAUCCAUAUGCUAACAUAACUGGUAUUGCAGCAGGUGUAUUUUUCGUAUUAUUAUGGCCAACAGGAAGGAUCCUUGUUGGAACACUUGGUGGUUUUUCACUAGCGAUGAUCUUAUUAUCAACCAAAACAGAUGGUUUAAUAUCAGAUCAAAUAGGACGAUGGAUAUUUAUUGGACUUUGUUCAAUAAUAAUGUCAGUAGCAGCAGGAUUUCAAAAAACUUAUCCAUAUAUUGCGAUUAUUUCAACAGUAUCCUCUGGAUGUUAUUGUUUAAUACUUGGAGUAGAUGUUUUUGUGCGUACGGGAUUAUUAGCAUCUUUUAAAACUUUUUGGGGGUUUACACAACCCGAAGAUUAUCGGUAUGUGGUUGAUACACACGCAAUCAUAAUACUAUUAUCUAUUGGAAUUCUUGGUGGAAUAUUUGGUAUAGGCAUACAAUUAUUGGAGUUAUGGAUAAGACAAAAAAAAAUGAUCGAUCAAAGGUUGAAGUAG